AUGUCAACGUUCACAGUUGACGAUCCAUACGAGUAUGCAUACGGUCUGAACAACUACCAUGAGUCGGAGAGCAUUCCUGGCGCCAACCCCGUCGACUGCAUUCAUCCCCAGCGUAACUUGGCGAAUCUCUAUCCAGACCGAAUAUCAGGGUCGCCCUUCACAAUCUCUCGCAGUCAGAACAAACAGACACACUUUUAUCGUACAUUACCAUCAACUUCAGCAACUCAAUACACGGAAUGGAAACCUAAAUCUAAGGUGCCUGAUCUGAAGCUAUCCAAUCUGCAGUUUAAGCCGAUCCCAUACAUGUUUCGGCCAGAGGAUAUUGAUGAGAACGAUGACUUUCUGACAGGGCUGAGGGUGUUAGCUGGUGUUGGCGAUCCUGCUAUGAGGAAAGGGCUAGCGUACUAUAUCUACGCCGCUGGCAAAAGCAUGCCAGACAAUCAAGUCUUCACCAGCUCCGAUGGAGACUUGCUAAUAAUGGCUCAGCGAGGUUCUCUCGACAUCAGAACGGAGAUGGGUCCGCUGAGACUCCGCCCUAGCGAGAUCGCAGUUAUCCCCCGUGGAGUUCGAUUUCACGUGUCAGUAGUGGAAGGACCAAUCCGCGGAUACAUCGCUGAGACCUUCUUGAACCAUUUCGAAUUGCCAGAAUUGGGUAUCGUUGGUAGCAGUGGGCUGGCUAAUCCCAGGGAUUUCCAGAUCCCUCGGCUCCAGCCAUACACGCCGGGACCGGAUACAGAGAUCAUUAACAAGUACUGCGGCGAACUCUUCACUGCGACUAUGAAGGGAACUGUCUUUACUGUGGUUGGAUGGCACGGCACCAGUUUUCCAUUCAAGUAUGAUCUUGGCAAAUACUGUACAAUGGGUGCCAUUUCAUACGAUCAUGCAGACCCUUGUAUCUGGACUGUCUUGACUGUCAAGAGUGAUGUUGAGGGGACAGCAGCCCUCGACGUACUCGCUAUUCCCCCCAGAUGGGUUGUCCAUGAAGACACAUUCAGGCCACCUUCGUUCCACCGUAAUGUUGCAUCUGAAUUUAUUGCUAUUCUCAAAGGUUCUCUGGACGGCAAAAACAAUGCUAGCGGAAUCGCGACCAUCUACAAUGGCAUGGUUCCACACGGGCCUACUCGGCCAGAAUGGGAGACAGGCAUAUCAGAGGAACAGGUGCCCGUCCGAAUUAGUGAUGACAACAUGCUAGUCAUGUUUGAAAGCAGGUAA